UUUUACAGAAGCUCGCGUGCAAUGUCUUACACCUUCGUCUGUCCCCUGGAGUGCUAGAGGGGUGUCCUGUCCUGUUAAAUGUACCAAUGUCCUGGAAGCCGUGAUGCAUCUUAAAGAGAUGGACUUGAUGGAAAUAUUGAACAUUGACAAAGCCAUUGAGCUGGAUAGUGUGCAUUCGAAGCAUUCGAGAUAUCAACUUUUAAAAGAAAUUUUGGUUAAGAAUCCACUUCGUACACAAGAGAAAACUCGAAGUAAAGAGAAUACAAUUCAUUCGCUGCCAAAAGUAUUUACUGAUGAGCAAUUGUUUCAUUUGUUACACCGUGAACUAUCGCAUUUGUUUACGAACAGUUGCGUAUAUGAAAAAGAAUAUAAAACGAUACAUAAUAUAACAUGUCCUAAUAAAAAUGUACGGAAACAGUGUCGGCAAAGGUGUGCUGCAAGUACCGAAGAUAUUGAAGUACAUACAAGCAGCCAUACAGAGGCAGAUGAAGAUAAAACUGUUUUCGAAGAAGAAGGAACUACAGCACAUCCAUUUGAAUUCCCGGGAUUGCCUCAGACUGCGCGUACCCGGGUGUUACUGCGCUAAAGGAUUCGUUGAGAAAGACGGGAUCUGUGUUCAGCCUUUCGUCUGUCUCAAACAUAUGUAUACACCGAAUGACGCAAAAACUUUUGCAUUAAGAGUUAAAGUUAAUUAGUACAAACUCUGGACAGUAUUUUAUUUUAAUUUGACAGGUUUUAAUACUAGAUAUGCAGUGGUGCUAACUCCUGUACAGUCAUGAGCAAUAUAAUGGACCCACUUUAGAACUCUGUCGCACUAACAUAUUUGACAUUUAGCGAGACUCACAGUUCAAUUUGUCAAAAAAGUUAAUGUGACAUGGUACCAAAGUGUAUACAUAUUAAUGCUCGUGACC